GACUGGCUGAGCUUUAUCGUGCGAACUUACCCCAAAGCCAGAUAGGACAUCACUCGCCGCGUUUCUCUGUAAGUCAGCCAGUCACUCACUCACUCACCCAUGGAUUCAUCCAUCCGCCAUGCCUUAGAUUGAUAAGGAUGCCGCUUCCCCGGAGACCCUGUUAUCCCUCUCCCCAUUCAUUCCCUCGCAUCUUGCUUUGCCCAAGCUCGAUCUGCCGCCGCGCAGGACCGCUCUUUUAGCUCAAGAUUGGCUGUUUACCUAUACACAAUAUGGGAAUGCUAACCAUAGGACGUUUUCUCAGCCGGCCUUAUCCGCACACUCGUGACGGCCCUACGAUCUUCUCCUUCCAGCAGAAACUCAUCAUGGAAGACGGUGGCUCCUACGAUGCGACCAACCCGGAGUCGCUUGCUGGCGAUAGCUCGCCUGUCUUGCAGCCGACGGGAGACGAUCUGUCGGAAACGGAAGAGGUCCUAGCUGCGCCUGAUACCUUCUACUCGCCGCCUGCCUCGCCCGGGCGUCUGUCGCGCAACCCUUCCUUCUCUUACCAUGACGACUGGGAAACGUUCCCGCCUCUGGACCAACUAAGCGUGUUUGAUCUGCUCGAUAACCUCUCUCUGUCGCAGAGACUAGAGAAGCUGCAGCGAGCUCUCAACGCGCAAAAGGAGAAAGUGAGGAAGCAGCGCGAGAAGCUGAAGUCAACCUCAAUCAAUGCCAAGGAACGCGUGGUGGGAGAAUGGAGAAGGCGAGUCCCGACGGCCGACGAAAGACUGGAAAAAUACCGCCAUCGUAUGAAGGACGGGGUCGAACGCCUGGGAAAACAGUGGAGUGCGACCGCAACUGUCACCCUGCGCGAGAAGGUCUCCUUCAUCGCCGGUGUUCUCAAUAUCUUUGUCAGUGGCUAUCUUCUCGGAGGGCUGCCGGAAUACUUUUAUAUCUGGUUCAGCGCGCAACUCGCCUACUUCAUGCCCAUCCGGUAUUAUAGAUACCAUAAGCUUGGCUACCACUAUUUCUUGGCCGAUCUCUGCUACUUUGCAAACAUGCUCUGCAUGCUGAGUAUAUGGGUCUUCCCUGGGUCGAAGAGGCUGUUCAUCAGUACGUUCUGUCUGGUCUUUGGCAACAAUGCAGUUGCGAUUGCCAUGUGGCGGAACUCGAUGGUCUUCCACAGCAUGGACAAGGUGGUCAGUUUGUUUAUUCAUAUAAUGCCUCCUGUGACCUUACAUUGUCUGGUCCACCUGACAUCUGAGGCAACUCUGCAAGAACGGUUUCCGGCAAUCUACGAGAUCAAGUUUAGCGAACCUGGUUCUCCCAACCAUUUUGGCCUCCUGAGGAUGAUGGGAUGGGCAACUGUCCCCUAUAUCAUCUGGCAGUUGGCGUAUCAUUGCUUUAUCACAGUACGUCGGGCGGAGAAGAUUGCUGCCGGACGUCCGACCAGCUUCACGUGGCUUCGCAAAUCCUACGCCAAGACGUGGAUCGGCAAAAUCGUGCUCAGUCUUCCGGAGUCCCUGCAGGCACCGGCGUUUAUGAUGAUCCAGUACCUGUACGCGAUCUUGACGAUGAUCCCGUGCCCUUUGUGGUUUUGGUCUCGCUGGGCUAGCGGAGCAUUCCUGACCGCUCUCUUCGUCCUGAGCAUCCACAACGGUGCGACGUAUUACAUCGACAUUUUCGGAAAGCGCUUCCAGAAAGAACUCGAAGAACUGAAGAAGGAUGUCGCGCGGUGGCAUUCCUCUCCCGAGGGAGCAAACAGCCCGACACUCGCAUCUGAUCACGGCGCGCCAUCGGAGACUAAGCCCCAGGACGAGUCGGGUGCUUCCCACAAUGAUGGGUCCGACAAAGCCAGCAUCGAUCGGAUUCCUCUUCUGGAUGCCCACUCGACUGGUGUUGAGAGCAGCCGUGUUGCGGAUAAUGCCGUGGCUCGAGAGAGAUCUUGAGCAUGACCCAGAACUCGAACCCCUCAAUUCAUGAGCGUUUGCUCCCUCCUCCCUUCCUUCCAGGGUCUUACCUCUCUCUCUCUCUCUCUCUCUCUCUCUCUCUCUCUCUCUCUCUCUCUCUCUCUCUCU